AUGGUUGAUUGGCAAGAUCCCGAGACGAUACGUGCUCAACACGAAUCUCUUGUGAAGUUAUGCUAUUUCUUGGAUGGAAUGCUUGUAUGGGAGUUUCUAGUCGCGUUACCCUUUGACUUAAAGCUGUUAAGAAAUGGUCGGGCUACCCAUUUCGCGCCGAUGGUGUAUAUGUUGUGUCGCUUCAUGACUCUUUCAACCGCAUUAGCACAAGUUACUGGCUUCAGCCUACAAAGCGACUUUGAUUGUCAGGUUUUCUCGUACUGCAGCCUUGGAACUGCAUCCUUAUUGAUAGUCCUACGCGGCCUUUUUCCGUCGCUCUUCAUGGUCGCUGUCUGGCUCGUAAACAUCGCAUUCCUGAUUCGGAGUCUGGCCAUUGGGUCUCAAUCUGAAUGGGACCCUACGGCCGACGCUUGUGUUUUCCCGAAGUCUAACUCCGCACGAGAUAGUAUCAUAAGCCUGCUGGUCACCGAUACUGUCUUACUGUGCACCGUCCUCGCUGGUUUGUUGCGUAUGAAGAACUCAGGCGGCCUAUGGAACUCAAUAUCUAAUUGGGGAACUUCUUUCAACCAGGGUAUUGUGUGGAUAACAAUCGCAAUCACCUUCGGGAUACCGGGUGCUGUUUUCAUAGUGUUAGACCUGAACGGUAGUAAACGAUAG